AUGUCUAACCAAGAAAAUGGUUCGUGGGGUAGUACACCCUUUGUAACAGAUAAAGAAUUUCAGAAUUUGUCUUUAGAUGAAAUAAGACAUUUAAUAGAAGAAGAAAAAGAAGGACUUAAGAAAGAUUAUAAGGAAUUAGAAUCAAGAAAAAGAUUAAUUAAACAAUAUAACAAAUUGGUAAAAGCUAGAGAAAAAGUAAGAAAAGGUAUUGAUAUAAAAAAAGAAAUUAAAAAACUUAAACCCACCGUUGUGGAGUCGCCUCCUUCUAAAAAGAAAAAGAUAAAAACAUUUGAUGAGUAUUUUGAGGAAUGUAUAAAAAAUAGAGAGAUUCCUAAAGAUACACCUUCUUAUUUACGUAAAGCUCUUGAGCGUGCUAUUUUUGAACAUUAUGAAUUAGGACUUGAAAAAGAAAAAUCAGCUCUUGAAGAAUUUGCUGUUAAAUAUAUUAUUAGAGGAAUUUUUGGUCUUACUCCAAUGCAGUUUUUUGAGCGUAUCUAUAAAAAUUUAAAAGAUUUUUUUACAUAUCAUCGAAAUAUAAAAUUUAAGAUGGUAUUGGUUUGUAUUAUGGAAAAACAAAAUAUUUCACAAAGUGCUGGUGUUAUAGGUAUAGAAGAAGAUAAAACUUAUUUUAAUACAGCAACACAUAUUAACAUUAAAUCAACAGAUGUUGACAAAUUAAUUCAAAUAUGUAUAGAUGAUAUUGAUGCAAAAAUUGAAGCUUAUCAAGAAGCUGGAAGUGCAUGGUAUUUUAAAGAAGUUGAUAAACUUGAAAUUCAUAGUGUUGAAUAUAAUCCAACAAAGGGGUCUUCUUACAUCCCUCUUCCUGAUUGGAUAUCAAAUAAAAAAGCAAUAGUUAAUAUUAAAAACAAAGAUGAAAAAUGUUUUCUUUGGUGUAUACUUAGAUAUCUUUAUCCAAGAGAUAGAGAUGAGGAAAGAUUAACAGAUUUGAAAAAAUAUGAAAAUUCUCUUAACACUAAAGGAAUUACUUUUCCUAUGAAAUUAAAAGAUAUUUGCAAAUUUGAAAAACUUAAUCCAGGACUUCCAGGAAUUAAUGUUUUUUCAGUUAAUGAAAGUGACAAUUUUUAUCCUUUGAAAAUGGUAGAGAAAGACUGUAUAAAUACUAUUGACUUAUUUUUAUACGAAAAAGAUUGUGUUUCACAUUACUCACUAUUUAAAAAUUUUACUCGUUUGAUUAAGUCUCAAAAAACCAAAAGUAAGGAAAAAAUAUUUAUUUGUAAGAAGUGUUUUACUCAUUACACUAAAGAAGAAUUAUUACAAAAACAUAUCUUAUAUUGUUCAAAUAAUGAAACAGUUUCUGUAAAAAUGCCUCAACCAAACACAAUGUUACAUUUCAAAAACUACUACAAACAGUUGCCAGUUCCUUUUGUAGUUUAUGCAGAUUUUGAAUGUUUUACCAAGCCAAUGCAUAAUUGCAGUCCUAACCCAGAAGAUUCUUAUACUUACAAAUACCAAAAGCAUGAACCAUCAGGAUUUUGUUUAUACAUUAAAGGAAUAGUACCAAAUAUAACAAUUAAACCAAUUACUUAUACAAAAACCAAUAGUGAUGAUAAUGUAGCUGAGAUAUUUGUAAAUAAACUUGCAGAAGUAACUAAAAGUAUUUAUAACGAUUUUUAUCGUAAACCAAAACCUCUUCGUUUAACAAAAGAAGAACAAAUAUCAUUUAAUAAAGAGAAAUUCUGCCACAUUUGUAAGAUGGAAUUAAAAAAGGAUAAAGUUAGAGAUCAUUGUCAUUUUACUGGUAAAUACCGUGGAGCUGCUCAUAACAGUUGCAAUCUCCAGUGUAGGAAGCCAAUGAUUCUUCCAGUUAUAUUUCAUAAUCUACAAGGGUAUGAUGCACAUUUGUUUAUAAAACAACUUGCUUGUUUACCAGGUGAGUUAAACUGUAUUCCAUCGACAGAGGAGAAAUAUAUUUCUUUUUCGAAAAAAAUUAAGGUUGAUGAGUAUAAAUCUAGACGAACUGGAGAAAUGGUUUCAUUGAAUUUUGAAGUACGAUUUAUAGAUUCACUAAAAUUUCUUCAAUCAUCACUUGCUAAUCUUGUUGGAAAUUUACAACCAGAAGAUUUUUUUAAUACAAAAAAAAUAUUUAAGAAGAAUGUAGAUCUACUAACUCGUAAAGGUGUCUAUCCUUAUGAUUAUGUCUCAUCACUUGAAAAAUUAUUAGAAACCAGAUUACCACCUAAAGAAGAAUUUUAUUCCCAACUUUAUGAUGAAGAUAUAUCAGAUGAAGAUUACCAACACGCAAUAAAUGUUUGGAAUACUUUUGAUUGUAAAACAAUAAGAGAUUACCACGAUCUUUACCUAAAGUCUGAUGUAUUACUGCUAGCAGAUGUAUUUGAAAACUUUACAGCAACUUGUCUCAAACAUUACAAAUUAGAUCCAGCCCAUUAUUAUACAUCCCCAGGUUUAGCUUGGGAUGUAUGUCUAAAAGAAACAGGACAACAAUUACAAUUAUUACAUGAUUAUGAUAUGUUAAUGAUGUUUGAGCAAGGUAUACGUGGUGGGAUAACACACAUAUCAAAAAGAUAUGCAGAAGCGAAUAACAAAUAUAUGAAAGAUUUCAAUCUUGAUAAUGAGUCUACUUUUAUUCAAUAUCUGGAUGCAAACAAUCUUUACGGUUGGGCAAUGACUCAACAGCUUCCAACACAUGGAUUUAAAUGGAUGAAAGAUAUAACAGAAGAAAAGGUAAUGGAAAUUCUAGAGAAAGCAAAUCAUAGUAUGUCUAAUCUUGGAAGAAAAGGUUAUAUAUUUGAAGUAGAUUUAGAAUAUCCUUCCAAACUAUGGGAAUCUCACAAUGACUAUCCACUUGCGCCUGAAAAGAUGAUUGUUAAUGGUGUAAAAAAACUAAUUUGUCAUUUUAAACCAAGAAAAAACUAUGUUGUACAUUAUCGGAAUCUAAGGCAAUAUCUUGAGAUGGGAAUGAAAAUAACUGCUGUUCACAGAGGUAUAUCAUUUUACCAAAGUUCUUGGAUGGAACCUUACAUAAGAAAGAAUACAGAACUUCGAAAAACAGCAGCCAACAAUUUUGAAAAAGACUUUUUUAAAUUAAUGAAUAAUAGCGUUUUUGGUAAAACAAUAGAAAACAUAAGAAAAAGACAAAAUAUAAUUUUAGUGGAUAAUCGUAAAAAAGCAGAAAAAUUAACAAGUCGUCCAAACUUUGAAAGAGCAACAAUAUUUGAUAAAAAUCUUAUUGCAGUACAUAUGAAAAAGACUGAAGUUUAUUUUAAUAAACCUGUAUAUGUUGGACAAGCAAUUCUAGAUUUGUCAAAAACAUUAAUGUUUGAUUUUAAUUACAACUAUAUUAAAAAGAAAUAUAAAAACAGGGCUGAGUUAAUGUUUACAGAUACAGACUCACUUUUAUACCAAAUUCAUACUGAUGAUUUUUACAAGGAUAUAUCCUAUGAUAUAAAAGAAAAGUUUGACACAUCUGAUUAUCCUCCUAACCAUAAAUCUGGAAUACUAACAGGAUUUAACAAAAAAGUAAUUGGAAUGUUUAAAGAUGAAGUAGCUGGUAGACAGAUUACACACUUUGUUGGUCUUCGUCCAAAGCUUUAUAGUUUCAAGGUAGAGGAUGGUAGUUUAACCAAAAAGUGUAAAGGUGUAAAGAAAAAUGUUGUAAAAAAUAAAAUAGAAUUUGAAGACUAUGUAGAAUGUUUAUUUUCGGGUGAAAGACAAAUGAGAAAUAUGAAAAUUAUAAGAAGUGAAAAUCAUGAUAUAUAUUCGAAGGAAGUAAAUAAAGUAGCAUUGAGUAACGAAGAUGAUAAGCGUGUUGUAAUGGAGGACAAAGUGAAUACGAUGGCUUUAAGAUAA